UGACCUUGAAGGAGCAGGAGAGAAGGCUGAGUGCCCGGACCCGCCAACCAGGGAUUAACUGGACCAGCAUUCCUUAGCGUGCUACUGGACAAGCAAGGCAGGGGAGACAGGGCUGAUGAUCCCGUGCUGCAUAUCUCCAGCCUCAAACCAACAUCAAGACGGCUCCUUAUCCUGAACACUUCUCGUUCUUUUUUUUAAUUUCUCCCCGUGGUAAUGCGUUCUCUGGAGGAAUCAAGGCUCGAGUCCCACCUGCUCAAAACUGUGUCUUAUCUACUAACCAUGUCUCAGAACCCGAUGGGAUAUCACCACAAGCCAUGCUGCAAGCCUCAAGAAGUCGGUGAAGGCUGAGAGUGACAACAGUCCAUGCAUAUCCGGGCUCCGUUCGGUCUGCUGGAAGGCAUGUUAUAUUGUCUUACUAUUCCCAAUCAAGCAAACAGCUAAACUUUGUGCUCUACCUAGACUUUUCUGCUCUUUCAGACUUCUGAUAUCACGGGCUGGUCACGAGCCUUAGAUGAUUCCCGAAGUGCUUAUACUUCUCUCAGAGAGCACCUUUUACGAUAUAUCGAGAAUCCAGAUGAGCUAGGGUCGGCAUUAGAUCCUCUGGAUGAUGAUCAACAUUCACCGUGGAAUACCCUGCGGCAGGACGAGGAGAUACGGGCAGAGAUUUUCCAAGAUGUCGAACGCUGCAUGCCGGAAGAACCAUACUUUCGACGGCCUGAGACACAGAGGAUCCUGCUAGAUGUAUUGUUCAUAUUUUGCAAAAUCAACCAGGAUGUGGGCUAUCGGCAAGGAAUGCAUGAAGUGCUAGCUCCUAUUCUCUGGGUAGUAGAAGAAGAUGCUAUAGAUUAUGGGCACGAAGGACCUACAUCCAUGGCAGAAUCGGAUUCGCUAAUGAGGCAGACUUUGGAUCCUGCUUACAUUGAGCAUGAUGCCUUCACGCUCCUGUCGCUGAUCAUGCGCACAGCGAAAUCAUUUUACGAAUUAGGAGAACCAGAUAAAAGACUUAGUUUAACAGGUUCUGUGACCCCUCAGCAAGGUGCUUCGCCAAUUGUUGAGCGAAGUAAACGCAUACAUGAGGUUUACCUGGCCCGGUUGGACCCAGAACUCGCCAAACAUUUAACCGACAUCGAAGUGUUACCCCAGAUAUUCUUGAUCCGAUGGAUCAGGCUGCUCUUUGGACGAGAGUUUCCGUUCGAUGAUCUACUAGCUCUAUGGGACACCCUUCUGGCCGAAGACCCCGGGCUAGACUUGGUUGAUAUGGUGUGUGUAGCCAUGCUUUUGAGAAUCAGAUGGCAGUUACUUGAGGCAAAUUACUCAUUCGCUUUGAUGCUACUGCUCAAGUAUCCUCCUCCAGUCUCUCCAAAUGGCCCACAUACAUUUGUGAAUGAUGCUAUAUAUCUUCGGGAUAAUUUCAGUGCUGCUGGUGGCGCCAAAAUUAUCACCAAAUACAGUGGGAAGACACCGAGUCUACGAACAUCGGGCUCGCGACCUGGAACACCCCUCGGCCAAUCACUGAGUCCAAAACCCACGUUAUCUAGAACUAAAUCACCACUUCCAUCGCCCGCAAGGUUCUUACAGCAGCAGGGUGGAGUCGAAGCUAUCUUCCAAGGUGCCGCCAAAGGUGUCUUCGAGCGAGGAGAAAGACUCGGUAUCAACCAGGCGGUUCGCGACGCAGUUGGUGAGGUGAAAAAGAAUAUGCAGGGUCUUCAAGCAUCUCGAAACGGACCUAGAAGAACUUCAGACGUGAUGAGAUGGUCACUCGAUGAAGGGAGAUCUGUUCCGAACCCUAGAGCUUCUGUGACGGCCAUAUUGGCUCGAAACCAGCAACUGGCACGCAUGCUUGAGCAAGCUAUGGCAGACCUUCGAGCCGUAUCAAUGUCGCCAGAUGGAGACAAAGACAAAUACGUCCAGGCAAUGGAUCUUGCAAUCGCGAAAGUAGGAUUUGUCAAAGUAUACUUGGAGGAUCCUACAAUGCCUUUACCAGAUUCACAUCCCGCACCCCCAACCUCAGAUCCUCUGGCACCCACAUCAAUCCCACAACCCACACCUGAAACUCCUUCAAAAAUCAUAACACCGGAACAACCACCCUUGUCGACACCAGACAUGCAGACUCAAAAGUCUACAGAGAAAGAAGAGAGCGGAUCAUUAGAUUCCAAUCCGACGCUCGGCGCUGCGCCAAGUGAAGGGACUCUUUCAAAUCAUGCACCGUCAACUCCGACCUUAAAUAUCCCAGAAAUAACUGCUGAGAAACGGGAACAGACAUCUUCUUCGAGACCAAAGGCCCCAGUACCGACUCGAUCAAGCAUUGCACAGUCCAGCUUUUCAUGGAUGCUAGAGCCAGAUACUCCUUCAAGCUCUUCUACCAAAUCAUCACCUCCCAAAUCAGUCUCGCCAUUUUUGAAGUCUGGGAGGCGGCCAACUUCAGGUCCGAAUCGUGAGAAAGCAGCUUUUUUGUUUGGCGAUGACGGAGGGGAGUCAAAUUCGAGACCGCCAUUGCUAGAGGAUUCCGAAGAGGUCUUCAACAUGGGGUCUAUGAAGGGUAGCAAGGCAAGUUCAUAGAUAUAUGAUCAGAUGUUAGCCCAACUCUGCAAUGCCAUUGAGCACUGACUCUGGUGUACAUCGCUGGCCAUGCUCAGAUACUACAUCUCUCAAGAACAAUAAUCGGAUGAUGUGCAUCAAUUUGAGUGCCAUAUCCCAUCACAUUUCCUAGGAGUACCGGAUACUAGUGGCUUAGAAAACGAGGCAAACAUGUAGUGUGUGGCGAGAGGGUCUGGCGCUGCUGCACUGCAGUCCUUUUCCAAGGCUAGCUACUGCAGAAGCACAUGCGGUGUACCCACGCAAAAUGCAAUCCACAUCUCAUCCGCAUACUCGCUCGGCUUGUAAGACACCAUUCUAUGUCACAUUCUAAAGUCAAUUCUGUCAACAGGGCAAUUGUGAACACCGCCUCGUUUCCAAUCAUUUCUUUCAAGCCGUAUUUGGAUUAGAGUAGUAGCAAGCAAGAGCAUCAAUCAACACACUCAGGUCAAUUGGGUUUUGAGCUACCUACCUUGACAUGUCUCUUCUUCCCUCGAAUCCGGCACUUGUGUCUCAGUUGUUCUCAGG